AUGGAGCUGCCCUCAAUCAGUAGCACCACAAGUAUAUCCGACAACCAGGAGUUGAGGAACUACUAUGACAAGUUGCUGUUCAAGAACAAUAGUGGCAAGUCGCUAGCAGACUUGCCAGGAAAAAUGGCAGAUUUUAACGAUAAUGGCACUGCUGCGCACCCUCGCUCCAGAGUUGACUUUAUCAACGGUUACAUUGGUUUCAGAGAAGACAAACAAUCUCUUCUGGGGCAGAAGAACACUAAAAGGGCCUCAUUUAGCGCCUUUGCGGACGGGAGCAGGAAACAGAACGAAACGAACAUUAGUGGGAAGGACCCUAAUCUGUCUCUUUUCUCAUUUGAGUUUAACGGCAAUCCGACGCUGGGCAGAAAACCAUACAAGCAGGAUUACUUGAAUGUGAUGAACACUUCGCCUAACAAUAUUCUUUCUCCUUUAAACAACAGCUCCCAAAAAUACUACCCGCAGCACCAGCAACAGCAGCAACAGCAACAGCAACAGCAACAGCACGGCAUCUUUGACCCGGGUAGAAGAUCUUCCUAUAUUUCCGAUACGCUGAUUCAUGGCAAUGCGGCCACCCAGCAGCCGCAAUACUCGCAACCUGUAUAUAUCAAUAACGACCCAUUAUUGCAAGUGCCUUAUACUGCUCCUUCCAAGUAUACUCAGCAGCAACAGUAUUCAUCACCCUUCAAUGCUAGGCGAAACACCCAGCCAGUGCUGGAUUUACAUCCGCAACCUGCUCCCGCAAACGAUACCGGAUUGACGGUGGUUGAUGGCAAGAACCUGGCGUCAUCCAAGGAACUGCAUGACUUGUAUCUUGAUUGCGGGUCCAAUUAUUUUGCUAGUGAUAAAGUUUAUAAAUUUAUUGACAGCAUAAAGGAAACUUUGCGCGGGGAUGGUGUCUCUGUCUCCAAUUCCAGGAUCAUAGAGUUUUUGAAUUUUCUGAAAAAUUGUAACCUGAAUUAUAACCCACAGUCAGAUGCAUUCGUUUCCACUGCAGCUUCAAACGUUACGUCGUCCGCCGCGGCCAAAUCUAACAACAGCACCUCAAUGCAUCUGCACUAUAAGCCUUUAGUGUUGGUAUCGCUGAAAAACGGUAAGCUCGAAUUGUUGUCUAAACCACAAACCGCCACACUUAUACUCAAAAGAGGAGAUUUGGUCAUCAUUGAUGGUGACCGUGGCAAAGAUUUAGUUUUGGUGGUUGAGCCAGUUGUAGAUAUAAAUUUGGCAUUAUUCAUUAAUUUCUUGAAGAAAAAAAUUCAUUUCGAUUCUCUAAUUACCAACAGUCAACAGCACUUCCCCAAUGACCAGUUCAUAAAGACUUUAAUUGACACGACCAAUGGUAAGCCAGUCGCUCGUGAAUUGAAUCCGAAGUUAUAUGAUAUCAUUGAACUAACGCAAUUGAUCAUCCCAUCGAAGCAGGUCCUGAGAUUUGCCACCCCAUGGGAAUCUUCCACCAAUUUACACAAUAAAUUCCAGGAUGAGCUAAAGGCUCUCCAUAUUGCACAGCUAAAAUUAAGGUCGCUGAAUAACAACAACUCGGGUGGCGGAUUGAACAUCAAAAUACUGAAUGCCGAGUUUCAAUUCGACAGAAAGAAACUCACUUUCUACUAUAUUUGCCAAGAGCGUAAUGAUUUUAGAGACCUGAUCAAAGAACUCUUCAAGUUCUACAAGACAAGAAUCUGGCUUUGUGCUAUACCGAACAAUUUAUCGAUCGAUUCCAAAUAUUAUGAUUCUAACAAGUUCGAGUGGGAGAUGUAUCAGGAUAUGAUGUCCCACUAUUCCAUGGACAACACUGGGAUUGUCGUGGCCCCUGAAUUGAAUCGCUUGAAACUGGAUGAUUUUCAGAUUGGUGUUUAUAUGGAAUUGGUAAAGGUUUUGUUCGGUUAA